AAAAGAGCGAUUCUUGUUUUCUCGGCCUCGGUCGUACUUCGUUCCGGGAAGGCACUGAAAUUCCUCAUUUUUAUUUUGUGUUUUGGGGGGGAGCUUGUUGACCCUGAAUAGCUCGACUUGAAGAUUAGGGAUCGUUGAAUUAUUCCAAGAAACUUGCAGAUUCAUAUCUACAGUCUGCUGUAGAGAGAGAGAGAGAGAGAGAGAGAUGGGGUCGAAGGUCGAAGGUCCAUCUGCACCGGCAAUCAGGCGAGACCCAUAUGAGGUCCUAUGCGUAUCGAGGGAUUCCACCGACCAAGAGAUCAAAUCUGCUUAUAGAAAGCUUGCCCUCAAGUAUCAUCCUGACAAGAACACCAAUAAUCCUGAAGCUGCAGAGCUUUUUAAGGAGGUUGCGUAUUCUUAUAGUAUCUUGUCUGAUCCAGAGAAAAAAAGGCAAUAUGACAGCGCAGGAUUUGAGGCACUUGAUACUGAUGGUUUGGAUGUGGAAAUUGACUUGUCUAACCUGGGAACUGUCAAUACAAUGUUUGCAGCAUUAUUCAGCAAGCUUGGCGUGCCUAUCAAAACAUCGAUCUCCGCCACUGUUCUUGAAGAAGCUAUGAAUGGUACAGUGACAAUUCGACCCCUUCCAAUUGGGACUUCAUUUAGUGGAAAGGUUGAAAAGCAGUGUGCCCACUUUUUUAGUGUAACAAUCAAUGAGCAACAGGCUGAGGCGGGAUUAGUGGUCAGAGUUACAUCCACAGCUCAGAGCAAAUUCAAGCUACUUUACUUUGAACAAGAUGCCAAUGGUGGUUAUGGGUUGGCCUUACAGGAAGACUGUGAAAAAACGGGCAAGGUGACAUCUGCAGGAAUGUAUUUCUUACAUUUUCAAGUGUACCGAAUGGAUUCGACUGUGAAUGCGUUGGCAAUGGCAAAGGACCCUGAAGCUGCUUUCUUUAAAAGGUUGGAAGGACUUCAACCUUGUGAAAUUUCACAACUCAGAGCUGGAACCCAUAUAUUUGCUGUUUAUGGAGACAACUUCUUUAAGACAGCUUCCUAUACAAUUGAGGCUCUUUGUGCUAAGACAUAUGAGGAUACCUCACAGAAGCUCAAGGAAGUUGAGUCUCAAAUUUUGCGGAAAAGAAGUGAGUUACGACAAUUCGAGACUGAAUACAGAGCGGCAUUGGCACGCUACCAAGAAGUGACCAACAGAUACAGUCAAGAGAAACAGUCUGUAGAUGAGCUGCUGAAGCAACGAGAUUGCGUCCAUUCUUCUUUCACCGUAUCGAGGGGGUUAGCUAGUACUAGUGGGAGUGCUGGUCACAUGAAUAACGGAAGCACCGCCGAGAAGGUUUCGAGCGAAGACUCGAAGGCAGAAAGUCCGGGGGAAGACGGAACCGCCGAUGGGAAAGAUAAACCCGCCAAAAAGAAAUGGUUUAAUCUCAACGUGAGAGGAUCCGACAAAAAGUUUAGUGAAAAAGAUACUUAGAUGGCAUACUAUCGUCCGAGAGGGUUCGGUAUUCAGAUUGCACCCUUUUGAGCCCUCACAUAUGUAAUUCUCACAUUCUUUUGAGGGGCUUGCUAUUCCUUGUUCACUAUAGCUUGUGUGCUGGUUUCGCAAUGUAUUGUAUUAGUUGAGCCAAAUUUUGUAAGGUGAAGAGGAGGGAGUGAUGAAUUUUGCAUCCUUGUAUCAGAUCUAUUCAUAGGACGAGCUACCUUUAUUAUACAUUCAUGCCGCGAAGGUGACGUAAGAUUUUUUGUCC